AUGGAAGCAGCAAAAACAUAUGUACCUCUUAUAAUUGGUUCUUAUGGUUUAAGUUUAAGUUCAUAUUUAAUAUACAAUAAUAAGAAAAAAAAUAAAUGGAAAAAAAUAGAUGGUUAUAUUGAUAAUAUAACAUUGAAAUAUACACAUAGCUUUUUACAAGAAGCAUUUUACCUAAAUGUUAAAUAUUAUUUCCAUUUAAAUAAUGAAAGAAAUGAAAAUAAUAAAGAAUAUAAAAUACAUGUUAGUAUCUUUAAAAAUAAAUCCUCUAACAAUAUUGUAAUAAAUGAUUAUAUACAAAAUAUUUAUGAUCAAGUUAGCAAAGAAAAAAAUAUAUGUAUUUCAUAUAACCCAAAUAAUGUUAAUGAAUCAGAACCUUUAAUAUAUAUUCAUGAAAAUGACAUUAUCUCAAAAUAUAAAUUUUUUAAUAAAAUAAAAAGUAAGUUAAUUAGUAUAAAAAUGUAUUUCAGUAAAAACUCCAAUGUAAAUAAUGCAGAAAACAUUUUAAAUAACGAAAAAGAGAUAGAAGAAAAAAAUAAAACAGAAAAACUAUAUGAAAAUGAUAAUAAAACUUUGAAUUUAGAUAUAAAUAAGAACUUUAAGCUUUCAAAACAUAAAAAGAAAUUAAUAAAUUCAUAUGAUAUAAAUAAUAUAUUUCCGAUUUAUAUUUUUUCUUGUAGUAUGUUUUUAGUUUUAUCUUUUUUUUUAAAAAAAAGAAUUAUUUCUGUUAGUAAAGAGUUGUCACAAAAAAAAAAUAUUAAGUAA